AUGAAAAGGGAGUUGGAGAAUCUUUUUGAAUUAAAUGUGUCACAGGCUAAGCUUAAAAGGGCCACAGGGUUGGCCCUUUUGAAGUUAGAGGGCAGUUUUCUUGAUGAUUACAAUAAACUUGAGGCUUUUGGGCAAGAGCUUAGACAAUCUAACCCUGGCACUGAUGUUGUGAUUAAUAUAUCAAGAAGUGCUCUUGAAAAAGUUGGGUUGGAAAAGUGGGCUGAGACCAUUGAUUGUGUUGAUGGUAUAUUUCUGAAGGGUAGAUAUAAGGGUCAGAUGUUAGUGGCCCUUGCUCAAGACUCCAUGAACCAAUUUUAUCCAAUUGCUUGGGCUGUGGUAGACAAAGAAACUUCCAUGACUUGGACUUGGUUUUUUCAGUGUUUGAAGCUUUCUUUGGAACAAAAAGAUGGACUAGGGGUGACUUUCAUCUCAGAUAUGCAAAAGGGAUUGAUUGAUGCUGUGAAGAAUACAUUUCCUGAAUCUCACCAUAGGUUUUGUGUGAGACACAUUGAGGCCAAUUGGCAGAAAAAGUGGAGAAGUGGACAAAUGAAGAAGUUGAUGUGGUGGUGUACUUGGAGCACUUAUGAAGAAGAGUUCAAAGACCAACUAAGAAAGUUGGGUGAAUUAUCUAAGGAGGAUAAUUAUUCUGCUGCCAAGGAUCUCUUACACUUUCCUCCUCAAGCUUGGUGUAGAGCAUAUUUAGACACUCGGUGUAAAAAUAUGAUGGUUGACAAUAAUUUCACUGAGUCGUUUAAUUCAUGGAUUCUUCAAGCUAGAAGCAUGCCAAUUAUCAAGAUGCUGGAGGAAAUUAGGAUAAAGGUUAUGAAUUUUUUAGUUAAAAAUGAAGAUGAAAUCAGGAAAUGGAGGGAUGACUUUAGUCCACAAGCUGUAAAGUUGUCUAAUGACUAUAGGGCAAUUACUCAUUAUUGCAAGGUUGAGUUUAAUGGUGACUUUGGCUAUGAAAUAUCUGAAGGUGAUGAUAGGCAUAUUGUUGAUCUUUCUCAGAAAAGAUGCACAUGUAGAGUUUGGCAACUAUCAGGAAUCCCUUGCCCCCAUGCUAUCAAAGCUAUGUUGUAUGACAAGGGUGAAGCUGAGGAUGAUAUACACUGGUUCGACAGCAAGGAGGCAUAUUCCUUGACUUACAAGAACAAGUUGCAACCUGUUAGAGGACAACAAUUCUGGAAAAUUACUGAAGCUCAAGACAGUGGGCAGGCCUAA